AAACGAAGGGGCCCGAAGGACAGUGAGUUGCCUGUGACGUCAAGGGAUUUUCCCGAGUAGAACUGUGGAUGAGUCAUCCUGAGAAAUGAACAUCAGCACCCAAUCAUAUUUCCUAUAAGCUCAGGACACCGUCGUUUGUUUCGACAGACAACCGCUGGUCCCGGGGACGAACCACCACACCUACAGGGGAUAACGCCCCUCCGGACGGGCGAUAUCUUCUCGACCAAUUUUGAGGCGAUUUUUCAAGAUGGCGGCCCCGAAAAGACCGGGUGACAGUCAAGUAUUUUCAGUUCAUAGACGUAAGGAUUUGCAUCUGGAUUUCAACUCGCAUUUUGGUCCAGCACCCUCUCCAUCUCUAGCUGAUAUGGGACACACUACUCAAAUUGAAAGGAUUCGUUCACGAGGUAAUUUGGAAAAGUCAACUGGAAAAUUGCAGAUUUCUCCCGAACAAAUUUAUGAUUUCACUGCUGAUGAUUUAGCGGAUUAUGGGGAAAUAGGCCGAGGGAAUUAUGGCACUGUUAAUAAAAUGGUUCAUAUCAAGAGUAACACAAACAUGGCAGUAAAGCGGAUCCGCUCAACUGUGGACGAGAAGGAGCAGCGUCAACUCCUCAUGGACCUGGAUGUGGUCAUGAGGGCCAACGACUGUAAAUACAUCGUGCAAUUUUAUGGUGCUUUGUUCAAAGAGCUUGUGUAUUUUCAGGGGGACUGUUGGAUAUGCAUGGAGCUCAUGGACGUGUCUCUAGACAAGUUCUAUCGCUUUGUGUACGGGGAGUUGAUCAGCUCAAUACCAGAAGAAAUAUUAGGGAAAACAACAGUUGCUACUGUCAAAGCAUUAAAUUACCUGAAAGAAAAAUUAAAGAUCAUUCAUCGAGAUGUGAAGCCCUCCAACAUUCUGCUGGACAGAAAGGGCAGCAUCAAACUCUGUGAUUUUGGCAUCAGUGGGCAGCUCGUCGACUCCAUAGCUAAGAGCAGAGAUGCCGGUUGUCGACCUUACAUGGCACCGGAGAGGAUAGACCCUAAAGCUUCUCACAGGGGCUAUGAUGUGCGGUCUGAUGUGUGGAGUUUAGGCAUCACACUCAUGGAGCUGUCGACAGGACAGUUUCCGUAUCCCAAAUGGACGAGUGUGUUCGAGCAGCUCACACAGGUGGUGCAGGGUCCACCCCCCAAACUGAGACCCAGGGAGAGGUUCUCUGACGACUUCCAUGACUUCAUUGGCACAUGUCUCACCAAGGAUGAAAAACAGAGGCCAAAAUACAACAAAUUGUUGGAGCACAAGUUUAUCAAAAGGUACGAGGAGAUGGAAGUGGAUGUUGGAUCAUAUGUGUGUGAACUGCUGGACCAGAUCGGGAGCUCCCCGAACUCUCAAACAAGUGAAAGUGAACAUCCCCUGUCUUAACAAACCACUGUGCCAUAUCAUGGACGAGCAAGAGUUGUAUAUAUUAUGUCUUGCGAUAUUGUGAUAUUUAAUAAGACGGAGAGAGAGAAAGGACUCCUAGAGACCUGAAAUCGAAACAAAAAACUGUAUGAGAUGAUUCCAUGUUUGAUGGAAGAGUUGUGAGGAAUCCAGGGACAGUUAUAUUGGACGGCCAGACCUCAGUGAAUUUAGCAUAACAUUGCCCCCCUAAAGACAGCUAUGUUACAUAAUCAACUAUGCAGUUUGUAAAUUUUUCAAGAGAUUGCAGUUCUUAUGCAAAGGGAGCUAACUCUUUGACUGUUUUCACUGACACUGAAGUGAUCUCACAGAGAGGCAAGAUUAGCUCAGCAAAGAAUGGAAUCUCGCAGUACUGGACUCUUAAUGCAUAUUGUCUUGCAGUAGGAAGUUUUGAAAAGGACACUAGUGUUUUGUUAAUUUGUACAUAGAAAUCUGAGGAUGUACAUUUAGUGUAAACUAUGUAUAUUUUUGGGGGCUGAUUAUAUCAGACCAACUUUGUGAUACCGGUCAACAGAACUGAGUAUGCAGUGCUUUCUGAUACAUCAACAGAUGGCUUGUAGCAUCAUUUACAUUGUCAUCGUCAGUACGUCCUGGGUUUGUAACACUACCUUCCCCCUGUCAAUACAUACAGACAAGACGAAGUAGCAUAGUGAAUCCUAUAGACAAGCGAUGAAAUGUGCCCGUGUAAAGUCGGACAUCCAACGUGUAAAGUAGAUGAUAUAAGGCUAGCAAAAGUAUUCUACUCCAAAGAAGUUAAGGAACAUCUAAUUUUUCAUAUGGCUAUAGUUAAUCAAGCCUGGGUAUUACAACCCAUCUUUCCAAUUGUGGGUGUUCCUUGACUUGUUUUGAGUAGUAUUUUGGGGGUAAUGUAAUGUGAAUGCUCAUUGGUCAGAGCACUCCUGUUUUACAUUUUGCUGGGACCGGGUCAUGGCUUGAUUGGCUGGUUAAAAAUAGCGAUGACACUGCAUAUGUAUUGACAGGUGAUGGAAGAAUUUAGUGUAAGCAAACCCAUGAAAUAUUGACAGUGUUACAUUACAUAGUUGUCAUUUAACAAUUUGUUAAGAAAAAGAAAAUGUGCUUGAGUAAGUCUCAUAGUGACCUAGCCAUUUGUUCUGUUAUUAAACUUCUAGAUUCCAUCUUGAAUGUACAAAGAUAUGUUGAAGGAUAUUCUUGUUUCGAUAAGUGCUAUAUAAGAGAGGACUAUCCCUAUUGUCUGUGACUCGCAUGUUUUUGACAAGACAACUGAACGCACUGUCAUGAAAACAGUUUCAUUGUGACAUUGUGCACGACAUUUCAACUUCAGGCUGUGCCUUGUACCGCUGACCUAAAGUCCGAAUUUACCUUGAGACAAAUUCUGCUUGGGCUAGUACCGCCAUAUCUGGACUCCGUUUCACAAAGUGAUUGUAGGGUCAAGGCUGGCUUAAGUCUGUGUUUAGUUUUUGAAUGAAAUUUGUUUUGGACUAGUACAUUGAGAUUACUAUACUAGUCCAUAGUAAUAGAGUAAUAUGCUGAAGACUUGUUUGGGCUAGCAUGUAUGGAUUAUCAUAAUAGCCGAUAUGUAAUGGAAAUAACAAUGCUCAAGACUAGUUUGAGCUAGUACGUCUGGAUAAUACGAGUCCAUAUGUAAUAGAAUAAUUAUAUGGCUAAUUUGGGUUAGUACAUGUGGAUUACGCUAGCAGACAAAUAAUAGUAAAGUUAAAGCAACGCAGACAGACAAGUUUGGACUAGCAGAGAAAUGGUUCAGGCACAGGCUGGAAUGUAGGUAGGUGAGCACUCAAUAUUCAAAGUAAAAUAUGAACGAUGUAAAUUUGGCUUCAUGAAAUCAUUUGAUAUUUUGUAUGAACUGUUGAGAAAUUAUUGCACAUAGAUGGUUAUAUAAUAUGAUAUAUUUAUUUUCCAGUUGAGUUUUGUAAUAUUGAGAGUUAACUUUCUUUUCUUUCUUUUUUUUUCUUUUUCUUUUUUUUGUCAGCUAUUGUAUUUGGGAAGCAAAAAGCACAGUGAGCAUCUCUUCAUGGCCAGUUGUUGCAGCUUGGUAUUGAUGGAAGAAACUGACACCAUGUUCAUGAUUCGAUGGUUAAUUAAUGAAUGAAUUUACUUCCACAGUAUUUGAAAGUAGGAUAUGCUAGGAAUACAUGUCAAAUGUAGAUAACCCUAGUGCAAUAUCUUUGUGUUGUCAUUUGGGCUUCCAGUGAAGAUCGGAUACAAAUUUGGUUGCCAUGGAUACCCUUGUCUUUGUUUAUUUUCAUUGAGAACAUAAUGUGGUCACUUCUUAUGCAGAAUGGUCAAAUAAGUUUAACACUUUUAUUUUAAAAAACCCAACCCAAAACAAGUCACAGUUUUACUUGGAUGACUUUUUACUGUGAGAAGUACAAUUUUUUAGCACAUCACUGUUACAUCCUAUGAUUUGCCUUCGAAUGAAGUAACUCAAAGUAAAUUGUUUUGGAAGCAGCAAUAAUAUACUACCAAAUGAAAGUUAGGGACCACCUGAUUCUUUCAUACCACUACAGUCAAUCGGUCAUGGCAUGAAAGAUUUGCUGUAGUAAUAUGAAAGAAUUAGGUGGUCCUUGACUUUUUUUUAGUAGUAUAUCCCCUUAAUUCUGCCUUGAUUUCAACACCAGAGAGGCCUUCUAUGUGGGUGCCGAUACCCAGUAGGUCUUCCAGUUAUUUUCCCACUACCGGGUACCCAUGUAACACACAGGCUUCAGUUACGCUGCUGUCAACAUUCACUGGAGCAUGAUUUCUUUUAUAGACUAUUUUAACAAGAUUUGUAAGUUUUAAAACAAGGACAGUGUGAUUGUCUCAUGAUUGUCUUGACUUUUGAGCUAAUGAACUAGUUUAAAUGGUGCAUGUCUCUUAAUAAUGUUAAUUAGGGGUUAAUGUCCAUCACAUGACUCUUCGUUUUGGGUCACAUUUUGUGUCGACAUGUUACAGAAGAAAUCAGGUUCCAAGACAAAAUUUACAAAGGGUUGCCAUGGUAUUUUGUUAAUUAUUUUACACACGUCUUGGUCUCAUAUUUGUUGAAAUAAUGAAAUCAAAUUCAGUUGAUGGUAUUGAUUCCUUUCGUUAUGUUUUAAGACUUCCAGCUGUCAUUGUGUUUCACAAUAUUUCAGGCAGAUGUUAAUGAAAAAUCAUUUUUAGAAAGUAAAAAAAAAUUGAGUGAUGUCUCUUUUUAGAUCAUUGGUAGACUAUGUGAUGCUGUUUAUUAUGAUUGUAUUGUUGAGAAAACUCAUCUCUAUUGAUGUUUCACUGUAGGUUUUUUCUACAAGUGCAUCUGUACCCUCAUCUGCAAAGAUUCUUAUAUAAUGUUGUCUGUUAAUUAUUGAGCAAGGGUAAGAUUUUAGAUGUGUAUUCACAUUGUCACAUUUUAGACAGAUUUUAGCAUGACCAUGUUUACCAAUUAAGGCUAUUUUACAUGCUUGUCUUGUUAGUAAGAGUAUUAUAGAGUAUACACAUAUUUACAUAAAAGUUGAUAAAUUAUUAAGAAUUUAUAGUUAUGACAUAACCUUUAAUUUCACAUGGUAUCACAUAAAAUAUUGUCUUUUCACUAGCAUCUCAUUCAAAUCAGAUCUGUUACUCUUGAUGCGAUACUUCUCUGCAUGAAGAUUGCAUCGCGUCACCAAUCAAACUGAAGGGUGAAGGGUUCUCGAGCAAUCAGAUGUCAACUUCUUUAUCGAUUUGGUUUCCCUGCCAACUCUAUUCAGACAUUUUUUAUAUAAAAAAAGAACAUAAUAAGUACAUGUACCUCGGUAGUACACACGACACUCAGAAACAAACGAGUGUAUAAGAUAUUCACAAUUUUUAUACUCCAAAAAAGUUUUUUUUUUUAAAAACAUUUUUUUUCACAUGAUUAUAGUUAAUCUGUCAUGGACAUAUUAACUAUAGUCAUAUGAAAAAAAGGUACUUUCACAUCUUUUGAGCUGUAUAUAGCACAGCCUUUAUUAUUUUCCAUUUUGAAUUGCCCAUUUAUGUUCGUUUUCAAUACACAGAAAUCUGUUAUGCUGCUCUAAAUGCUUCAGAGAAUUUAGAAGCCUCAAUGCUGAUUGGCUUAUUAGAAAGUUCACCGAAUGAGACCAAUGGAUGUUUUUUCAGAUCUUGGGGAUGAAGGUAUUGUAUGGGAGUAAACGAUCUGAUGUUAAUGAGACUGUUUCACUAGUUGUGCUACUAACUGUUUAUAUCAUGUACACAUUAACCUUGAGAUUUCUCAUCAACACUAGCAUUGGAAUAACUAAUCAGUGCACUGGUUAAGAAACAAUGAGUUGGCAUAAUCAGUUGGCUGGCGAUUUGGAGAUACAUGUAUACCUCAGUCUGUAGCAACUUACAUCACAGGGUUAACUAGAAUAAUGUACAUAGUUGUAUAUCUGUUGUGUGUAGUCUAUCUAGCAAAAAGUUGCUGAAAUAAAAUUACAAUGGAAAGCUGGAGGCAGUGUCUAGAUAUCUUACUCCAUCAAAAGAAUGCAAAAUCUAUACUACUAAAAACAAGUUAGGGACCAUUGAUUCUUUCAUACCACAAUAGUUAAUCUGUCAUGCCUUGCCCUAUUUACUAUCGUAAUAUGAAAGAAUUGGGUGGUCCAUAAUUCUUUUUAGUACUAAAUAACCUACUGGCAUUUACCAGUAAGUUGAUAUGCAGUUUUACAAUUAUCAGAGUUGAAAUAUUUAGUUAUAGUAAAUAGGACUUUUUCUGAUCUGAACUUAGAACUGUACUACUCAUAAGAAUUUAAGGACCACCUGUUUCUUUCACAUUACUAUAGUUAACCUGUCAUGGCAUUUUCUGUAAUAUGAAAGAAAUAGGGUGAUCCUUAACUUUUUUGAGUAGUAUAUAUCAUGUAGCUGAAUCUUGGAAUGCAGCACCAUUCACUGGAUUGUCUGUAAAUUUUAACCUUUUCUCUCACUCGCUGCUGUGGCGAGUGUUUUUUAAGUCACAAAGCGGAUGCAAAAGCUCUAGGACUAAUUUGUAAAAAGGGUUAAAUGUGCAUGUGUGGAAAAUGAUUUAGUUACUUUUGUCAGAGGUAAAAACAAGAUGUAAGGCCAGAGAAAUUAAAUAUUUUGUUUCACAGAUUGUUUUUGGUCAUAAUGAUUGUUUUGGGUCAUUAUGUUAAGAGUCAGGAGGCGAAAGAAGAAAUACUGUAGGGUUUUCUCAAAAUAAACUACAUUUUUAACUAAUUGGCAGUGAAAAAGUUUAACAGUUGACAGUUAUUUUCUUUUCUUUACCUUUUUGCUAUUUUGAAAAGUUUAGUGUAGCCUCGUGCAGAUUGGAACAAGAUAAUUAUUUGGCCUGAAAAAUAUGUAUUUGUUAAGUUUAUCACAUUAUUCAUAAAGAAUAUUGAAUAUAUUUAGUGUAUGAACUUCAGCAAUUUAAGCAUGAACAGAUUUGUUAGUUCCAUAUGUGAGUAUUAAGAAAUUUGAUGUCAUUUUUAAAGAGUAUGUCUUGAAGACAACAUAUUUUGAAGUCGUAAAAUCUGUUUGGAGAAAGUAUUUUGAAUUUCAAAUCAAAUAGUUUUCUUGUACAUAACAGAAAAGAUAAGUAUGACAGUAUUUUUAUGAAGCACCUCCAUCUAUGAAAUAUAGUGUCUGCUGGAAAAUGAGAAUACCCAGAAAAUGAACUGUUCACAUUUUAAAUCUUAUGAAGCAAAGUUUAUAUAACUGUUUCUGACACAGUAUUAAUGCAAUGUAAGAGAUGUCCCGAAACUAUACGCUCUCAUGAUUGGAUGAGAUGUGUUUACACUAAUUUAGGUCGUAUGAAAGAUGUUCAAAGAGCAUAUUUUUAUUAUCAGCUAUGUUGUAAAUAUUUUCAUUGGGGUUUGUAAAUGAGAAAGAGAUUGUUUUAUUUCACAAUGACAAUAAAUCAACAUGCAGAACUGAC